GCUUCCAGGGUCUCUCAGCUUGCAGAGCAAGGAAAUAUAUAUGAGUAUACCAACUUAUGUACAUAUACAUAUCUACAAGUAUUUAUGUAUAUAUAUAUAUAUAGUGUGUGUGUGUAUAUAUACAAUAUAUCUAACCAUCUGUAUUUAUAUUAAGCUAAUCGUGAGUUUAUACUAAUGGCCUCAACUCUAAUCCAGAACCUGGAUCAUUCUAGCCUUCUCUACUCGCUUGUCUGUGACCUCCCACUCUCGCAGAGAGAAAACAACCUCCUGCCAUCCACUCUUCAUUUACUUGAUUGUCUAAUUCCAGUAUACAUUCAGCCCUCUGUAUCUGCAGACUUGAAAGCUGAAAGCUUUUCAUAUACACUUUUAGCCAAUCUUUUUUUUUUCAGCCUCUUGCUUUUCUGAAGUAUCAAGGCCUUCAAUUCCUGAGCAUUUCUAGAGUUAUAGAUGUCGUUGCUCGUUUCGUGGUGCAGUCACUCUCUGCAGGCACUGAGGUGUCAGUGUUUCCUCUGCUAAGCUGUUACUCCUCUGUCAGCUUUCUGUCUUCCAAAAUUAUGUUAAGCUCUCUUGUCCUUGUGGGUUUAUGCCACACUUAUGUAUUUUGCAAAUACAGCUCUUAAUGUACAGUUGUGAUAAAAAAUAAUUGUGUGCAGUUGAUGUCUUUCUUUUUUCCCCCCUUUUUAAAAAAUCAAAUUUGUUUAGGUACUAUUUACAUACAGAAUAAUAUACACCCAUUUUUUAAAUUAUUAAAGAUUAAUUAAUUAAUUGAUUUUUAUUGAACUGUAGUUAACAUACGUGCUCAUUUCUUCAUGAGCAUUCCCUGACUGCUCUUGGGUCAGGAAUAAACCUAUAAAAAACUAUCAGUAGUAUUCUUUUGAAACUUGCUGAAGUUAACAUUUCUGCUUCAUUUGUGGUUGCUCCCUUGGCAACACCAUAGUAACUGUAACUGCUGGCAGGGUUUGAAAGUUUCUACUUUGACUUUCUUUUAUGGCAGUUUGCUCUUUCACACACACUCUUUCUUAUUCUUUUGCAGCAUGUGGAAUACCAGCAGGGCAGAUUGUUUUAUAUUAUGGACAACUAACUUCGGACAUAUCAUUAAAAAAAUAGGGGACAGAAUUCAAGAUCUGUUUUCUUUAGUAACAGGAAUAAAAUAUUUAUAAAAUUCCUAAUUGUUUCUAUAAUUCCAAUAAAUGGAACUGGGACCUUCUAAUGGUUUACAGUUAUGGUUUUUUAAAAAGUUUAUUCAAGUUUAUUUAUUUGCUUAUUAUUGAGGUAUAGUUGAUGCACAAUAUUAUAUAAAUUUCAGGUGUACAACCUAGUGAUUCACAAUUUUUAAAGGUUAUAUUCCACUUGUAGUUUUUAUAAAAUAUUGGCUACAUUCCCUGUGUUGUACAGUAUAUCCUUGUAGCUCAUUUAUUUCAUACAUGGUAGUCUGUACCUUUUACUCCCCCACCCCUCUCUUGCCCCUCCUCCCUUCCCUCUCCCCACUGGUAACCACUAGUUUAUUCUCUAUAUCUGCGAGUCUGUUUCUUUUUUGUUAUAUUCACUAAUUUAUUUUUCAGAUUCCAUAUAUAAGUAAUAUAUAUUUUAUGUUUUACUGAAUGUACUGAAAGGGCUGCAUGCGUUUUUUUUUAUCCUAAGGGAUUAAAUGGGAUGAGAUAAAAUAGCAAUUUUAAGAAGGGGUACUGAACUAGGUGAAGGCUUAGAUUAAAGAGAUGCUUUUAGUGUGCCCACUAUGGGAUGCAUGACUUCUCUUAUGUGAUCUUAUUUACUUUUAUUCUGCAAAUGACCACAAUGGAGCUAUGAACCCUUUACAGAUAUGAACUUGGAGCCUUUGUCUUCAGUCAGGGCAGAGCCAAAGUGGGAAGUCAGGGCCCGUGCACUUUCCACUGGGCUUAGGUCCUGUAUUUCUCUAGCUUAGGUUUCCCUAGCUUAGGUCCUGUAUUUCCCCUGUGCUUUGCUUCCAGGUUAAUGAGAGCCAGUGUAGCACAGUGGGUAAGCAUGGACUCUGAAGCCACACUGCCUGCAUUCAAAUAUGUAUACUACCAUGUACCACUUGAGAUCUUUGCCUCAGUUUCUCUAUCUGUAAAAUGGAGAGAAUGAUAGUUGUGGUGGGAAUUAAUAUUGUAAAACACCUAGUAAACAUUAUAUCAAUACAAGUGUUUACUAAAUAAUAGGUAAAUUGUGUUGCACUUCUUGUCCUCCUACUGUGCUCAAUACCAAAAGGAAAGCAGAUAUUGUCUUUAGGUCUUCCCAUAAGGGCCAGCUCUGUGGAAACAGAAAUGUGUAUAGAUGUGAGAGAGUUCCUUCUUACAUGGACGGUUUGGGCCAGGCAGGUAAUACGUUUUAACUAAAAUGUCACUUAGCAGCGCUAACCCUCAAAUGAUGUUCUUAAGCAAAAUCUAAGUGCUUAUAAGACUUGUAUAUCGUUGAAUAGCUACGUAGAGCUUUAAUAAGGGUGAAAAAUUCCAGUGGUUGAACUGAAAUAAUCAGAUGAGGAAUGGUAAAAUAAUCUAAUUAUUUUGUCUUAAUAAAGUGAGGGGGCUGAGCUAGAUGACUUCAAAUACAUGUGAUUUUUAUAAUCAUUAAGCUUCUUGGUUUAGUCAGCUAGCUCAGACCUGGAAUGUAGAUGCUAAUGUGCUUAGAUUAAAAAAUGGAAUGAUGUAAUAGCUGAAAAUCCUCUGGUGUCAUUUGCCUAAUUAAAAUCCCCAAAGCUGCCUAUCUGGCACAUAAAAGCAACCACUAGAUUGCAGAGAUCUUUGGUUAUAACUUUGUGUCCUUUUGUCCAUGAGCCAUUGUAACCCCUUAUCCCUAUGUUGAAUAAGUCAAUGACCUUGGUGCCGUACUGCACCUGAGGUUACUUUUUAAAUGAAGGAAUUAAGACAAUAUUGUUAUCACCUGUAGGCGGGUGACCUGCCCAGGAUGUUAUCCAGUGCAGACUCUGGGACGGCACGUCUGUUUCAGAAUACCAGUUCCACAUGGGGAAUUGAAUAGUGUCAACAACUAAAGAUUAGCCUUUGCUUGUUUGUAGAAACGACAAAGUAAAGGAGCUAGAAGAGUUCAUAGUCUGAGGGGUAAACACACUGAAAAGGAUAGUGUUUCUCAUUCUGGGAGACGGUUUUAUAUCAGUCUGAGAAAAGCAUCUGAGUAGUUUUAAUCAAACACCCUGGGCUUAGGCUAGACUUCCAGUGGCUCAUCCACAUGAUGGAUGGAUAAAGAGCACUGAUUGGAGAAUCAGUGGCUCCUGAAGAGGCAGCUGUUGAAGGUUCUCGCCAGGCAAUUGUCUGGCAAUUGUCUUGAUAAAUGAGACUAUGCAGUUGCAAAGCAAACAAAGCCGAGGCCGCUAAGUUGACCAGGAAAAGUCUUUUUUUUUUCCGUUUGUAUUGUAGCGCAGGUGCCUAUAGGAGCAGAGAGACACUGGGGUGCCCAGCUGACCUUCAUUAACAUCAGAUCAGUUGCUAAUUUUAGUAAGCAUUUGAUUAGUAUUUGGGAUGUUAUGGUCAGGAAUUUCUUCAUUUUCCCCCACUGGGAAGAUCCUAUUGAAGUGAUAUCUGUGUGUUUAGUUUUCCAAGUACUAUUGACCCUUGAACAACUCAGAGGUUAGGGACGCUGGACCUUCCACACAGUCAAAAAUUUACUUAUAAUUAAUAGCCGGCCCUCUGUACAAGUGGUUCCCCCAUAUCUGUGAUUCCACAUCUACAGGCAGAUUCAACCAACCCUGGAUCAUGUAGUACUGUAUUAUUUACUACUGAAAAGAAUCCUUAUGUAAGUGGACCCAUGCAGUUCAAACCUGUGUCGUUCAAGGGUUAACUGGGUUGGAAUUCUUGACAAUAACCCCACAGAAUGCUGCUGCUAGUAGUAGCUAUUAACUGAGUAUCUAUUGCAUGGAAAAGGAAGAAAGGCAAUACUAUGUAUUGUUUAAGAGCUGGGCACUGAAAUGAAACUCCUGGGUUUCAUUCCUCACUGUACUAUUUACAGGCUUUGUGAUUUUGAGCAAAUUAACCUUUCUGGGCCUCAAUUUUCUCAUUUAUAAAAUGGAAAUAGUAAGUGCUCCAUCCACGUUAGCAGCUGUUGUUAACAGCAUCGUUGUUGUUGUUGAUUUCUUCAGCUGACCAAUGACUGCGGGAAGAGUGCAAAGUCUGUUGUACCCAUACAUUGACCCCUUUCUGGGUCCUUCUCACAUCAAGUAUGAUGGAGGGAGAUAAGUGAGUGAACCAAAUAUCCUGGUGGUCUGAGACAUUUCCCGUCUGUGACUUCAGUUUUUCUCUCCAGCAGCAGCUUCCCACACCUAGUUCCCCCGAGGGAUCCAGCCUGGACUGGAAGUGGGCAGCGCUCCAGAGACGUGGGAGUGAACGCUGCACGGAAAUACCUGCUCACCUCAGGAGAAACCAAACUUGGGGAGAAUGUUUGCGGUACACUUGAUGGCAUUUUACUUCACCAAGCUGAAGGAGGACCAGAUCAAGAAGGUGGACAGGUUCCUGUAUCACAUGCGGCUCUCCGAUGAGACCCUUUUGGACAUCAUGGCUCGGUUCCAGGCUGAAAUGCAGAAGGGCCUGGGGAAGGACACCAACCCCACAGCGUCGGUGAAGAUGCUGCCCACCUUUGUCAGGGCCAUUCCAGAUGGCUCAGAAAACGGGGAGUUUCUUUCCCUGGAUCUUGGAGGAUCUAAGUUUCGAGUCUUGAAGGUGCAAGUCUCCGAAGAGGGGAAACGAAAUGUCCAGAUGGAGAGUCAGUUCUACCCAACACCCAACGAAAUUAUCCGAGGGAAUGGCACAGAGCUGUUUGAAUACAUAGCUGACUGUCUGGCAGAUUUCAUGAAAACCAAAGAGCUGAUGCAGAAGAAAUUACCUCUUGGCCUAACCUUUUCUUUUCCCUGCAAACAGACUAAAUUAGAAGAGGGUGUCCUGCUUUCAUGGACAAAGAAGUUUAAGGCGCGGGGAGUUCAGGGCACAGACGUAGUGAGCUCUCUGACCAAUGCUAUGAGAAAACACAAGCAGGACUUAGAUGUGGACAUCCUGACUUUGGUCAAUGACACCGUGGGGACCAUGAUGACGUGCGCCUAUGAUGAUCCCUACUGUGAAGUUGGUGUCAUCAUUGGCACCGGCACCAACGCGUGCUACAUGGAGGACAUGAGCAACAUCGAGCUGGUGGAAGGCGACGAAGGGAGGAUGUGCAUCAACACCGAGUGGGGGGCCUUCGGGGACGACGGGGCCCUGGAGGACAUCCGCACCGAGUUCGACCAGGAGCUGGACCUCGGCUCUCUGAACCCCGGGAAGCAGCUGUUUGAGAAGAUGAUCAGCGGCCUGUACUUAGGUGAACUCGUCAGGCUCAUCUUGCUGAAGAUGGCCAAGGCAGGCCUCCUGUUUGGCGGCGAGAAAUCCUCCGCUCUCCACAUUAAGGGCAAGAUUGAAACACGGCACGUGGCUGCCAUGGAGAAGUAUAAAGAAGGCCUGGCUAAUACAAGAGAGAUCCUCACGGAUCUGGGCCUGGAGCCUUCGGAGGCCGACUGCGUCGCGGUCCAGCACGUCUGCACCAUCGUUUCCUUCCGCUCAGCCAAUCUCUGUGCAGCGGCCCUGGCAGCCAUCCUAACACGCCUGCGGGAGAACAAGAAGCUGGUGCGGCUCCGGACCACGGUGGGCAUGGAUGGCACACUCUACAAGAUCCACCCCCAAUACCCAAAACGCCUGCACAAGGUGGUGAGGAAACUGGUCCCGAACUGUGACGUCCGCUUCCUCCUGUCGGAGAGUGGCAGCACCAAGGGGGCCGCCAUGGUGACCGCAGUGGCCUCCCGCGUGCAGGCCCAGCGGAAGCAGAUUGACAAGGUGCUGGCUUUGUUCCGGCUGACCCGAGAGCAACUUGUGGGCAUUCGGGACAAGAUGCGGGUUGAGCUCGAGUACGGGCUGAAGAGGGACACCCACCCGCUGGCCACGGUCAAGAUGCUGCCCACCUACGUCUGCGGGAUGCCAGAUGGCACAGAGAAAGGAAAGUUCCUUGCCCUGGAUCUUGGGGGAACCAACUUCCGGGUCCUCCUGGUGAAGAUCAGAAGCGGACGGAGGUCAGUGCGAAUGUACAACAAGAUCUUCACCAUCCCCCUGGAGAUCAUGCAGGGCACUGGCGAAGAGCUGUUUGACCACAUUGUGCAGUGCAUCGCUGACUUCCUGGACUACAUGGGCCUCAAGGGAGCCCAGCUGCCUUUGGGCUUCACAUUCUCAUUUCCCUGCAGGCAGGCGAGCAUUGACAAGGGAACACUCAUUGAGUGGACCAAAGGCUUCAAGGCUACUGACUGUGAAGGGGAAGAUGUGGUGGACAUGCUCAGGGAAGCCAUCAAGAGGAGAAAUGAGUUUGACCUGGACAUAGUCGCAGUUGUGAAUGACACAGUGGGGACCAUGAUGACCUGUGGCUAUGAAGAUCGUAAUUGUGAGGUUGGCCUGAUUGCAGGAACAGGCAGCAACAUGUGCUACAUGGAGGAGAUGAGGAACAUUGAACUGGUGGAAGGGGAUGAAGGGAAGAUGUGCAUAAACACAGAGUGGGGAGGAUUUGGAGAUAAUGGCUGCCUAGAUGACAUCCGGACCCAGUACGACAAGGAGGUGGACGAGGGGUCCUUGAAUCCUGGCAAACAGAGAUACGAGAAAAUGACCAGUGGGAUGUACCUGGGGGAGAUUGUGCGGCAGAUCCUGAUUGACUUGACCAAGCAGGGUCUUCUCUUCAGAGGGCAGAUUUCAGAGCGUCUCCGGACCAGGGGCAUCUUUGAAACCAAGUUCUUGUCUCAGAUUGAAAGCGAUCGGCUGGCCCUCCUCCAGGUCAGGAAGAUCCUGCAGCAGCUUGGCCUGGACAGCACGUGUGAGGACAGCAUCGUGGUGAAGGAGGUGUGCGGAGCUGUGUCCCGGCGCGCGGCCGAGCUCUACGGUGCCGGCCUGGCCGCCGUCGUGGAGAAGAGGAGGGAAGACCAGGGGUUUGAGCACCUGAAGAUCACCGUGGGCGUGGAUGGCACCCUGUACAAGCUGCACCCGCACUUUUCUCGGAUAUUGCAGGAAACUGUGAAAGAACUAGCUCCUCGAUGUGAUGUGACAUUCAUGUUGUCAGAAGAUGGGAGUGGAAAGGGAGCAGCUCUGAUCACUGCUGUGGCCAAGAGGUUACAGCAGGCACGGAGGGAGAACUAGGAACCCCUUGGGGUUGGGCCGCAUGUGCCUUGGAUACUGACCAGCCUUUCCUCUGGCAGAUGAGUUGGUCAGAGACCAGCAGGCAAGCUUCUGGCUGACUUCACCUUCUGGAUAGCCAAAAGAGAACCCCAGGUUCUUGGGUACUCUUAGCAUUUUGUUACUGGUUUUCAAGGGCAUUAAAUGACAUCUCUGUUUGGCGUGUUUGGACCAAAGAUGGGCCAACUUAUAAAAUCAAAGCAUUGGGCCCAAGAGAUCCCCUUUCAGCAAGUCUUUCAGUUGAGACCUGAGCUGUUAGUUCUCUAUGGCUUUGGGUCCUGUGGCUGCUGGGCUCAGAAACAAAUACACGAUCUGCCCAUGUGGCCUGGCUGGCUGAAUUCCCCACUGGGAUGCUUCAGCCAUUGCUUGUAAUAGAUUGAGCCAUCUACUUGUGGAUGCACAUUUGAGAGGGAUUGGGGCUUAAUCAACUGGAGAUCGAAUCUAACUUGUCAUUAACUUGUCAUGUUGACUUCAAGCGUGAAGAGAGAACAAAAACUUUGGAGUAUUCAGCCCCAGGAUGAAGAAGCGUUGAUUGCCAGGGAGCCCUGUAGGAAACUUGUCAUGCUUAAAGUGAGUUAUAUCAGCACCCUGUAGGAUUUUGUUUCUCAGUAAACGUGUGUGAUGGGGAGGGUGCUGUUUGGGGCACCUGUUAUCAUUUUACAUGUGGUUUUUGUCACUGCUGAUAAUUGUUUUAAGGACUGUUAGGUAUAUGAAAUCCAGUAAAUGAAUAAAAAUAUUUGAUUUCCCAAGA